AUGGAGCCGAAUUUGGCUGCAACGCUGCAGAAGUACAUUGAUCAUCUCUAUACCUACGUUCGAGACCACAUUGCUCUCAAGCUUACUGAGGAGUUUGGGGUGCUGCUCGAUGGGUGGUCUAGUGGUGGCCGUCACUUCAUUGCCAUCGUGGCGGUUUUUCAUGACCCAAUGGUCUUGCAACCAACGGAGCGGAAUCCUAACAAGUCGCCGUUUUCAGCUGGCUGUGAACGACAUUUUGGCCAAUGA